AAAAAAAAAAACAAAAACACUUAAUAUUAAAAAUUAUAUUAAUUAAAAUAUCCUUUAGUUUGCAUUAUGCCAACAAUACGAGUUUGCCUGCAAUGGACUUCAGUUGUGUUUAGUUUAGUCACUUUGAUACUCGGCAUCCUGGCCGCCCUAGCGGGUGUCUAUGAAUUGCAGAAGUUUGAUGAGGGUUCGACUGAGCACUUGGAAAAGUAUAUACAACUGGGCAUCGCUGGCACAUUGAUUGUGACCUCUCUGAUCGGUUGUCUGGGUGCCUUUUUGGGUUCCAUAAAGGUUAUGGUUGUGCAUUUGAUAUUUUUGCUAAUCUUGAUUGGAGCUCACAUUUGGCGUUUGGCCCAUUACAAUGAAUCGAAACAAUUGGAUGCCACAGAGGUUUAUGUGAUGGCCCUUUGGAUGGAGGAAUUGGUUCAUCCAGGAGCAAUGCAGACACUUCAGCGUACUUACGAAUGCUGUGGCGAUAAGGGAGCUGCGGACUAUAACAGUCUGAGCAUUGCAGUGCCAUCCAGUUGUUUCCAUGUCCAAGAAGGUCUCCAUGCAUUGUAUCCCUAUAGUGAGGGUUGUAUGGCAGCUGUUAAGCGAGCCUAUCUUCAAAUUUAUCGCUAUGAAAAAUGGGCACAUUGUGGUCUCAUAAUCUAUGAGAUACUGGGCAUUAUAUUAGGCAUCACAUUGAGCUGCCAAUUGACCAACAAAACACGUCGCUACAACUACUGAACCCAACCUAGAUCGAUAAAAUUUAUGCGAAUGCAUUUCUUUAAAUAAACUUUAUACAAAUUUGCUAGCUUAAA